AUGGCUCGAGGUUACGUGCGAGCAUCACUAACAACCUACCGCCAGGUCGCAACAGGUCCCCGAACCAUCCCAUUGACUGACCCACGAGGUGUUCACCUGCCGAGACAAAUCUCCAUUGGGCCUGUGCACGUUUUCUCAAGAGAUACGGACUCUGUCAUUUUUGUGCCUGAUUGUCGAUUCUGGGAUGACAGGGAAAUUGACGGGCCGGAUGCCCCGUGGCGAGACGAUCCAGAGGCUUGGGAUUGCUUCAAGACUUUGUUCGCUUAUGACCUGAUUGGUAAAGAGCAUCCAAGAAUAGUCCCGCUACUCAGUCGAGACGCUUGGACAGGGCUUCCUAUACUCCGAAAACCAUCUUAUGGCUCACUUUUCAAUUUCUUUGAGGAAUACACGUCCAAACUGUACACUAUCAGAGCUGAAGCCCCAUCUCCUAACGAUCGCAUCAAGCCGGAGUUUCUGCCUCUUGCCUACCAAUGGAGCUUGCAGUUGCUUUCGGCCCUUGUGUUAAUACACUCUCAUAACAUAGCUUAUGGUGAAUUUCUCGAGGAGAGCUGUUGGUUAUCCGCAGAGUCCCUAGACAUAUCGCUAGCAGGCUUCAUAGCUUCAGAGUUUCGUGAUCCAUCAACAGGCGGGUUGUGUGCUGGUGGAUUCCUCACCGACGAUGAAUUUUCGCCAAGGUCACUCCCACUAUCGCGGAUGGUGCGGGAUCCAACACUUGGGACUGAUAUGUUCAUGUUUGGUAAACUGAUAUACGGUAUCAUGACAUCUUAUGUGCCAGGUGAAGGAAUGGGUCACGGUCUCGGAGAAACUGCACGUUUGAUGAGAGACCGAGACUGGAUGCCUGAUCUUGAGGAUGAGUUUAUGGGAAAGAUUGUCCACAAAUGUUGGCGCUUUGAAUAUGAUACAGUUCAAGAUUUACAACGCGAGGUUCAAGCUCUUGUUGAGUCUUGUGGAUGGUUGGUCAAGGGGGAUAAGCUUGAGGAAUUAGACAUAGACUAUCUUAAAACCCUCCUCCAAGGCAGUCUUACUGAUAGUAAAUACAUGGAAAUGGCUACCGGAAACGAUGCAUUGCUUCUCAGAGAGAUCCUCUUUCUUGGAACUACGGUUUUCGCCGUCAGCGCUCUGGUAACAGGGCACGCUGGGAGACAGCUGAUGCCGAGUAUGCCGGAAAUCACGUCUGACCCCAUGGACUUUCUGGAUCAAAUACAGCUACUCCAGAGACGUGAGCUUCAAGAACGACAAGAGGUUUCUUCUCCAUUUGACGUGACCGUCACCAGCGCACCUGAUGCGACUUGUGGCUACCUUUCAGCAGAGAUCGGUGUACCAAUUACUUGCACAAAUAAAGAAGUGUGCGCAUGGGCUCUUGUUCAAAAGGACGCGGGCGUUAUCAAAUGCGGAACAGAGAUAAAGGUCAACUGCUACGAGUCUUCCAAGGCAGUCGAUCCCACGCUCUGCAACGAUGUCUGCCAGAGCGAUACGAUGAAUCUUUUGUGUACUGACUCUGACAUGCCAUACUGCCGAACUUACGCUUUCCCGAACGGUAUACGAGACUACAGAUGUGCAUCCUCAUCUUUGACAACGGAGCAGAGCGCCGAGCACACCUUCUAUGGUCAGAAAAACCCCAAUUUCAAGACGAGAGUUGGCAAUGCUGCGGUUGCAACAACAGACUCAGAAGAAGCGGCGGAUAAAACAGCGACUGAGCCCGAAGAACCCGCCACGAUCACGAAAGUAGCUGAAUCUACAAAAUCAGCUUCAAACGAUGGCAAUGCCAAGAGUAGCCCGACGCCCAUUGGAGCCAUCGUGGGAGGAGUUGUCGGUGGUGUUGCUCUUAUCGGUCUGGUCAUGCUGGGUAUCUUUUUCAUUCUCCGAAGAAAGAGAAACAAGACUGUGGCUACUCAAGGACCUAUCAAUCCACCAGUCAUGAAUUUUAUUCCACAGAAUAUGGGCCCGAGUAUGCUUGACUCAAAGAUGGUCGCUUCGCCUCAUACUCAGCCGGAGUCUGCUAUCUCUCCGCUACAGUCAGAUGGCAGACAGUCCGUGUUUGGGCCGCCGCCUGUUUAUGAAGCACCAGGGCACGAGUCACAGGUCCAUGAGAUGGGGGAUUCAAGCGAGAGGAGGUGA